CGCGCCGAGCCGAGCGGAGCCGAGCGGGGGACGCAGAGCGCGGGAGGCGGCGGCGGCGGCGGCGUGGAGCCCAGGUGGCGCUGCUGCCGGAUGGGAGUGCCCGGGCACAUCUGUGUCGCAGGAGGUCCGCACAUGCACCAUGUCAUCAUGCGUCUCUAGCCAGCCCAGCAGCGACCGGGCCGCCCCCCAGGAUGAGCUGGGGGGCGGGGGCAGCAGCAGCAGCAGCAGCGAAGGUCAGAAGCCCUGUGAGGCCCUGCGGGGCCUCUCCUCCCUGAGCAUCCGCCUGGGCAUGGAGUCCUUCAUCGUGGUCACCGAGUGUGAGCCCGCCUGCGCCGGGGACCACGGCCUGCCCCGGGACCGGCCCCUGCAGGCCCAUGGCGGAGAGAUCACCCUUGACGCCUCUGGGUCUCAGGCCCGGCCCCACCUAUCCAGUCGCAAGCUUUCUCUGCAGGAGCGGUCCCUGCUGGAUGCCAACGGGCGCUGCGUCUGCCCCGCGCUGCCCCACUCGCCAGUGGGCUCCCCGCAGUCCUCGCCGCGGCUGCCCCGGCGCCCCACGGUGGAGUCACACCACGUCUCCAUCACUGGGAUGCAGGACUGUGUACAGCUGAAUCAGUACACACUGAAGGAUGAGAUUGGAAAGGGCUCGUAUGGCGUGGUCAAGUUGGCCUACAAUGAAAAUGACAAUACCUACUACGCAAUGAAGGUGCUGUCCAAAAAGAAACUGAUCCGACAGGCGGGCUUUCCACGUCGCCCCCCUCCCCGAGGUACCCGACCAGCCCCUGGGGGCUGCAUCCCGCCCAGGGGCCCAAUUGAGCAGGUGUACCAGGAAAUUGCCAUCCUCAAGAAGCUGGACCACCCCAACGUAGUGAAGCUGGUGGAGGUCUUGGAUGACCCCAAUGAGGACCAUCUGUACAUGGUGUUUGAACUGGUCAACCAAGGGCCUGUGAUGGAAGUGCCCACCCUCAAACCACUCUCUGAAGACCAGGCCCGUUUCUACUUCCAGGAUCUAAUCAAAGGCAUCGAGUACUUACACUACCAGAAGAUCAUCCACCGGGACAUCAAACCUUCCAACCUGCUGGUGGGAGAAGAUGGGCACAUCAAGAUCGCGGACUUUGGUGUGAGCAAUGAGUUCAAGGGCAGCGAUGCCCUUCUCUCUAACACUGUGGGCACGCCGGCCUUCAUGGCUCCUGAAUCGCUCUCGGAAACCCGGAAGAUCUUCUCCGGGAAGGCACUGGAUGUUUGGGCUAUGGGUGUGACACUGUACUGCUUUGUGUUUGGCCAGUGCCCGUUCAUGGACGAGCGGAUCAUGUGUUUACACAGUAAGAUCAAGAGUCAGGCCCUGGAAUUUCCAGAUCAGCCUGACAUAGCCGAGGAUUUGAAGGACCUGAUCACACGCAUGUUGGACAAGAACCCUGAGUCGAGGAUCGUGGUGCCAGAGAUCAAGCUGCACCCCUGGGUCACGAGGCAUGGGGCGGAGCCGCUGCCAUCGGAGGACGAGAACUGCACACUGGUCGAGGUGACCGAAGAGGAGGUCGAGAAUUCGGUCAAACACAUUCCCAGCCUGGCAACCGUGAUCCUGGUGAAGACCAUGAUACGAAAACGCUCCUUCGGGAACCCGUUUGAGGGCAGCCGGCGGGAGGAGCGUUCCUUGUCAGCGCCUGGAAACCUGCUCAGCAAAAAACCAACCAGGGAGUGUGAGCCCCUGUCUGAGCCCAAGGAAGCAAGGCAGCGAAGACAGCCUCCAGGGCUCCGACCCGGCCCCCGUAGGGGAGGAGGAAGUGCUCUCAUGAAAGGCGGCCCUGGCGUGGAGAGUUGGGGGGUCCCAGGCCCCGGCUCCCUAGAGCACACUCAUCCUGCGCGGCCGGACGAGGUGAUGGAGUAGCCGCCGGACCGCCGUGACUGCGCAUGCACGUCUCACCUCCGCUGGCGGCGCCCUGUGUUUCCAUAGCAGCAUGUCCUACGGGAAACCAAGCACGUGUGUAGAGCCUUGACCGUCAUCUCUGGUUUUGUUUUGUUUUUAGUUUGUUGAUUUCUUUCUUAUUUUAAAGGGGACAAAAAAAAAAAAAAAAGACGACUCCAUGACAUCGACUUUGGCCGCUGGCUGGCUGAAUGGGCGGGUGUGAGGAGUUGCAGACCCAAAGCCACGUGCAUUGGGGGACAAUUGCUUUUUAAGACGUUUUUAUGCCAAAAAUCCUUCCUUGUGAACUCAGAAUGGUGUCAAGAGAUACCAAGUAAAUGUGUGUGAGGUUUGAACGUCGGGAAGAACUAGCAGGAAACUCUGAUGGUGUGGUCCGAGGCCACACUUGGCUGCAUUUGAAAGGGAGAGGAAGGGCAGGUGUGACUUUGUGCAAAACCCCAAACUGUGGCACCUUCUAGAAUGUGGAUUCAUGGAGUCAGGACAGGGCUAGCCCUCAGUAUCAGCUGCAGCCUGAUUCGAUGCAACUUAUUCCUAAGAAGGACUAUAAAUUUUUUUAAUGAGUAGAGCUGUAAUCAGGAAAACGGAAAGGGCUUGAUACAUAAGAGCUUGGCAGGGGUCAGAUUUUCCAUUCCCAGAAGGGCAUUCAGUGGUUAUGGUGGGAGGUCUCCCCUCAAGGAUUAAAUAAGUGUGUUUAUGACAGCCAUUUAGAGCUGAAACUUUUCUUAAAUAGUUGAAGGAGCUCUAGUAAAUCUCUUGUUAAAUUACAGAAACUUCAGGGUGACAUUAAAUCCUACACUUCCAUGUACGUUACAUGGCUUAAGAAUAAACAACAACAAAUACUUUCAAUUUUCUAACUAGUCUGAACUCUUGAGCAGUUCAGAAAUCAUUUCGAGCUUCCAGGAGCUAUCCCAUGGCUUCAGGUGUGUGAUCAGAGUUAGCGCCAAUGACAUCUAUCCUGUGUAUUAGCAGCUCAGCUUGCUUAUAACCUGCGUAUUCUAGAGGCUGCUAAGAUUCUGUUUUCUUCUUCAGCACUAGCUGAUUGUUGUAGUCAGUGAAACAGUUAUCCAGUUUGUGGAGGGCUAGUUAGGAAAUACUUUCAUUCAGCUGAGACAUAAAUGAUCAUCCUUAUUGGCAAAGCUCUGUUAGGAUCUAAACAAUAACUGUAGGGCACCCUUUUAGAGAAGAUUCUUGAAACCUAGAGCAGUCCUCGGGUCCAAGGCAACCAGGGCUUGGCACAGGAAGUCCCCUUUUGUAGCCAGCAGUCCAGAAAGAAAAAAGUGUAUGUUUUUGACUUCCAACUAACAUUGGGAAGUUCGAUUGCAGUUCAAGUGUGACUUCUUCCAGAGUCCCGUGUGGGUAACUGUGAGGUUCAAGAGGGAGGAAAAUUGGAAGGACUUGGCCUGGGGGAUUCCCAGUGCUUUGUGGCAUUUGCCUUGGGGAAAACAGUGUCGGUAAUCGGGAUCAGAAGCAUGAGCUCUUCUGUAGCUUCUGGCUGAUCUGUGUUGAAAGGGGCACUUUCUGCAGACAGAGCAGCAGGUCUUGUGUCUGCUGCCAAGUGUGUUCACAGAGCUUCCGCAGAUCUUCGUAAGCUCUUGACUGUCGUUUAGCCAGACUCUUCUUUCUACCUUAUAAGCAGUACAGUUAGAGAAGGCUGGUUUCCAAGAGUCAAGGACACCCAUCUGAUGGAGGGUCCUCUGGCCUGCUUUCUUUCUGUAAUCUAGUACUUCUUCCUCCUGUGCUUGUUUAAAUCUACAGGCUCCACCCCUCCUGGGAACAAAUGGGUCUGGUUAGUUUGCAGUAAGCACCUUGCAGUGGUUCAAGUCAGCCUGCUCUUCGUCUUAGUCCUUGUGGACGCUGACCUGGUUGUGGGGGGCUCGCCCGGAGAGGCAGGGGCUGGUAGCAUGCAUAGCCUCUGCAGAACUCCUCCUGUGUUUACACAACUGCAUCGGGUGAUGCCAUUUCUCCCACCAUGAAAUCCACUGAAGAUUUCACAUGUGGAAAGCCAGCGAUCAGGCAGCACUGAACUGUUCAGGCAGGUGGGUUGGGGGAGGCCCAUGUUCAUUACUGUUUUUUUUUUUUUUUUUUACACUAAGAAACACCAAAGAAAGCUGUGGAAAAGAACCACCCCACCGAGAAAAGGAUGAGCAGAGAGGGCUGUAACAGAAAGCUUUAGAGCUACUCGGAGCGCAGACUCUUGGGGUUUGUCUCCACUCUUAGAGCACAAACACUGAUUUUUUCCCAAAGCCAACUCUGUCAGGAAAGGGCAGAAGCUGUUAUGAGCAGCUUUUCUACGUAAGCAAAAAGGAUGCCUAUCCUUCUCUUCCAUUACUGGCUCAUCUGUAGGACCAAUUUUUAAGCAAGCGGUGGCCUGCACCUGUGGCCUUGAAGAAGCACAUGUUCUCUAUCCAUCUUUCUUCCGCCCUGUUUCACUUCCCCAUCUGUUCCACAGCCUGGCCAGUGGCUCCCAUAAAGCCUUAUCUAGCCCCUUGCUGGCACUUGGGGCCGGAGAGGCCAUCUACCCGCUGGUCUGGCCUUUCUCGUAAGCUAGGGCUCUCGUCCUCCAAGCCUUUCAGGAUGAGGCAAAGAACUGUGCAAUUUAGACACAUAGGCUCCACCUGUCGCUCUCACCCAUCUUCCAAAGGGGAGCUUCACAUCACCAGGGGGAAGAACCAAGACCUCCACUCGCUUCCAAGGUGCUAGGGAAGGUUUCAAGGUCGUUGAUUUCAAUCUUCUCUCCAGCUUUACAGGCCGAGUUUCAUGGGACUACUGACUUUUCUAUUCUGUGGUUGAUUUCAUGCCCGAUGCUUCUGUUUUAUUCCUGAUCCUUUCUACUAUGCAUUUUCCUUUUAUCAGGUGUACAAAGUUAAAUACUGUGUAUUUAUCACUGAAAAGUACAUGAACUUAAGAGAAAAAUAAGCCUUCAGUGUUUUUCCACAAAUGUUUAAGCUUCUCUGUAAACUUGAAAUAAACAGCAAAAUGGUGCAAAA